AAUGGACCAACUUAACCAUUUAAUCUGCGUGUGUCGUUUUCCGAUAAAAGUGUUAACAACAAAUUAAAAAGAUGUGAUCCUCGGAUGUCCGAGCUUCGGGAUCGGUCCGUGGAGGCGGCAUCCGUUCCGAGGGUGACGUCAUGCCGGGGCUGGGGCUGAGGCAAAGGAAGAGCCGUUGGGAAAAAACAAAAAACGUGUAAUGGUUCUUUAAAAGCUCCGUUAAGCUCACGAGCCGCAACGUCCCUCCGCCGAGACCCAGCGCACCGCCGGACAACAAGUAAGCCUCCGCCGUAACUUCCGUCCUGAAUGUCGCUGUAACGCCGCUCCGGGUCAUGUAACGGGCCGUGGGGACGACGCGAGUUCUGGUCCCAGACGGAACCACGCGGCCAGCCUCGUCUCCCGCCGGUCACGCGCUCACGAGACUGUUGUGCUUUUAAUGGCGGGAUGCUCGAGAUAAACCAGAGCCGGUGGCGGUCGACCUGACAGCUCUCUCCCGGGUGGGCUUGUUGUUGUGGUCGGGCAGCACCGGCUGGGCGGGAGGGAGCGGCGCGUUGAGGACGAGGAUUCUCCUGUUACCUUGCGCAUGUUCGACGAUGCUAUACAACCGUUGGGGGGCUUCAUGGGGUGGUGGGGAGGUCCGAGUGCCCCUCCUUGAUCAGGCCAGAUACCCCCCCCCCCCCCCAGAGGUCAUGAGUACACCGGGGAAGGUCAGCGGGCUCAAAGCCCCGAGCAAAGUCGUCCGUCCACACGCGGUGCCUUCAAGGACGUCCCCGUCCUCCGGCGCUCCAAAGCCGGUUCCUCCAGAGAAGUCCCCCUCCCCCCCCUCCCCGACCCCGGAUGCCAGCGUGGACUUCCAGGUGGGCGAGCGGGUCUGGGUGAACGGCAACAAGCCCGGCCAGGUGCACUUCGUGGGGCCGGCUCAGUUCGCCCCGGGCCAGUGGGCGGGCGUCGUGCUGGACGAGCCCAUCGGGAAGAACGACGGCUCCGUGGCGGGGGUCCGCUACUUCCAGUGCGAGGACGGGAAGGGGAUCUUCACGAGGCCCUCCAAGCUGUCCAAGAGCGCGCUGCCGGAGACGGAGGCCGAUGGGGGAGGGGCGCCCGGGCCGGCGCCGGCAGCCUCUGCGCCGAGCGAACCUGCCGCCGCCGCCCUGAGCGUGAAGACGAGCGCCGCCUGCAGCCGCGUGCUCACGUCCAGCGAGUCGGUGUCCAACGUCUCGGACACGGAGUCCAUGAAGAAGAGGAGGGAGCUGAGGCUGGGCGACCGCGUGCUGGUCGGAGGGAACAAGGCCGGAGCGGUCCGCUUCCUGGGAGAGACGGACUUCGCCAAGGGCGGCUGGUGCGGCGUGGAGCUGGACGAGCCGCUCGGCAAGAACGACGGAGCCGUGGCCGGCACCCGGUACUUCCAGUGCUCGUCCCGGUACGGCCUGUUCGCCCCGGCCCACAAGGUGACACGCAUCGGCUUCCCGUGCACCACGCCCUCCAAGGGGAGGGGCUCGCGGAGGAUGUCGGACCUCAAGAGGAGCCCCAGCGCCUCCUCCGUCAGCUCGCUCAGCUCCGCCACCUCCUCCGUCAGCGGCAAGCCCAGCCGGGCCGGACUGCUGACGGAGACGUCGGCGCGCUACGCCCGUAAGAUCUCCGGCACCACGGCGCUGCAGGAGGCGCUGAAGGAGAAGCAGCAGCACAUCGAGCAGCUGCUGGCGGAGCAGGACCUGGAGAGAGGAGAGGUCGCCAAGGCAACCAGCCACGCUGGGGAGGUGCAGCAGGAGCUGCUGCUGCUGAGGAGAGGGCGGGAGCAGGUCGCCGUGGAGAUGGAGGCCAAGCUGGACCAGCUGCGCUCUCUGGUGGAGGCGGCCGACCGGGACAAGGUGGAGCUGCUCAACCAGCUGGAGGAGGAGAAGCGGAAAGUAGAGGACCUGCAGUUCAGUGUGGAGGAGGCCUGCAUCGCCCGGGGAGAGCUGGAGACGCAGACCCGACUGGAGCUGGCCCACAUAAAGGAGCUCGAGCAGAGCCUUCUCUUUGAGAAGACCAAAGCUGAGAAGCUGCAGAGGGAUUUAGAGGACACCCGGGUGGCCACGGUGUCGGAGCGCUCCCGCAUCAUGGAGCUGGAGCGCGAGGCGGCCGACCUCCGGCUGCUUGCGUCGCGGCAGGAGGAGGACGCGGCGUCCCGCUCCCAGCAGCACAUCAGCAGCCUGGAGGCCCGCGCCCAGUCUCAGGAGAGGAAGAUCGGCGAGCUGAGCGUCGACGUGGAGAGCAGACAGAAAGACGUCCAGUCGGCGCAGCAGGAUAAGAACUCUCUGGAGGAGCAGCUCUCCGGCCUGAGGCGGCGGCUCCAGGCAGCCGAGGGGCGGAGCGGGCGGGCGGAGGAGGCGGAGCGAGAGCUGGAGCGGGCGAGGAACGAGGUCCGGGAGCUGCAGGAGGAGCGUCGCCAGCUGGAGGCUUUAAGGCAGCAGAGCUCUCUCCACCAGGAGCAGCUCCGUCUGCUGGAGGAGAGGAGACGCUCAGAAGACCUCUGCAAGGAGAUUGAGGAGCUGAAGCUGGCCUCCCAGACGUCUCUGCAUCUUGAGGAGCAGCUCGAGAGGCCGGACCUGAAGACCAGGAUGGGUCUUCCGGGUGGGAGGCAAACCAAAAGGGGCCCCGGAGUCCCGUUUGGGGCAAAACUGGAGGCCUGGGUCCCCUUGGGGCAGACUAGGACCAAAACGGGUGGGAAAAACAAAGACUGGAGUCCCUUGGAGCAGACUGGGGGCGACAAGGAGCCCUUGGAGUCCUGGAGGCAAAAACUGGAGCCCGGAGUCCUGGGGCAAAAACUGGAGCCCGUGGAGUCCGGAGGCAAAAACUGGAGCCCUUGGGUCCUGGAGGUCGACUUCCUGAACAGCGUCAUCGUUGACCUGCAGCGGAAGAACGAAGAGCUGAAGGUCAAACUGAAGAAGAUGGCCGUGGACGAGUUCAACGGGACGGACAGGUUCUCCAAGCCGAGGGAGAAGAAGUGUCCUCCGCGUCUCUUCUGCGAUAUCUGCGACUGCUUCGACCUCCACGACCUUGAGGACUGUCCCACGCAGGCGCAGAGCCCGGAGGCCGCGCCGCACAGCGCGCACCGAGGCCACCCGGCCACCAGGAGGCCGUACUGCGAGAGCUGCGAGGCCUUCGGCCACCACACGGAGGCCUGCAGCGAGGAGCAGACCUUCUAGAGGCUCCUCCUCCUCGCCUCCUCAACUCCUCUCCUGAAUCCUAUUCCUCCUCUCCUCCUGCAUCCUAUUCCUCCUGCAUCCUAUCCCUCCUCUCCUGCUCUCUCAUCUCUCCUCUCCUCCUCUCCUGCAUCCUAUCCCUCCUCUCCUCCUCUCUCAUCUCUCCUCUCCUCCUCUCCUGCAUCCUAUUCCUCCUCUCCUCCUCUCUAUCCCUCCUCUCCUCCUCGCCUCCUCUCCUGCAUCCUAUCCCUCCUCACCUCCUCACGGCUCCACAUUGUAUUUUUAUACUGUCUGCUUUCCGCUCGUCUCCUCCGUGACCUCCUAACUUUAAAUACAUUGAUGUUUAUUAACAGAACACCGUCGUCAUGACGCCACUCUACGUUCCUGUCUCCUGUCUCCUGUCUCCUCUCUCCUGUCUCCUGUCUCCUACUCUCCUCUCUCCUACUCGCCUGUCUCCUACUCUCCUGUCUCCUGUCUCCUACUCUCCUGUCUCCUCUCUCCUCUCUCCUGUCUCCUCUCUCCUGUCUCCUACUCUCCUGUCUCCUACUCUCCUGUCUCCUCUCUCCUACUCGCCUGUCUCCUACUCUCCUGUCUCCUUUCUCCUCUCCUGUCUCCUCUCUCCUCUCUCCUGUCUCCUACUCUCCUGUCUCCUCUCUCCUACUCUCCUGUCUCCUACUCUCCUGUCUCCUGUCUCCUACUCUCCUCUCUCC